ACCAACCGGCCCUUUUCAGGGCCACAUAACACAAACGGCCCUUCUCAGGGCCCCCAAAUAUCUCUAACGAACAUCGCCAUCUCGCACGAAUUUUGGCCUACUGCCAUAACGACUUAAUUCAAAAGACGAAUUUUAUAUAAACUGAAUAAAAUACUGUUUAACCAGGAGAGAUUUGAAAUUAUGUUGAAUGCAUUUGAUGAAAAGUUGCAAUUUAAAGACAACGAAAUCAAUGAUGAAUGUGAUGUCCAAUUCCCAUUACAAUCAUUAGAAGACUUGAAUGAAUUUGAACAGCAACUGCAAGAAUCGCAAUUUAAACAGAAAGUGCUGAAUACUUCAAGGCUCGUGGGCGGAAGUACUAUGCAUAUUAUGACCAGUAACAUCUUAAAGAAAAUCAUGGUUAACACUCUUGCUAAGAAAUACAGUUGGGCUGGGAUGAAAAGAAAAUUAGUCUUUAAGGAUUUGAAUCUUCCAAAAAUAAUUAUGCAAGCAGUUCGAUCACAUACGCAGUAUAGCCACAUUACGGAUGCCGAAUUUGCAGAUUCCAUCUCCAAAUAGCUUGCGCAAGCACCUCUGAGGACUCAAAAACAAUUCGGAGAGACGCCUGUUAUGGCACCAGCUUACGCUGAUUGCUGCGAAGUUGUCCGGGAAGCCUUCAUCCGGAAAGCAGUUCCAUUGGGAUCAGUGGAUAUAGUAAUCGCAUCCCUAUCGGAGUCGUCGUGUCGGCAAUAUGAUUGUGGACUAAGAAAAUGGUGGAAUUUUUGCAACGAUAACGGAAUCGACCUUUUUUCCGGAACACCGGCGGACGUAUUAACGUUUCUUACUACUGAGUUUAAGAAAAAAGCAUCCUACAGUUCAUUAAACGGCUACAGGUCGGCGGUAGCGUUAAUUUUGGGACCUGAAUUAAGGCAAAACCAUUUAGUCCAGCGAUUCUUUCGAGGAGUGUCUAAACUGAGACCAGCAAAUCCCAGAUAUAAUUUAACCUGGGAUCCCAAAGUAGUUUUAAGUUAUUUGUCAAGAGUAUAUUCAAAUGAAGAUAUAAGUUU